UAUAACCUCAAUCCUCAAGGAACUUCAGGAAACAGAUUUUUCUUGCUUUAAAAAAUGGGCGAACCCAAAAACAGAUAAAAAAAAAAUGAAAUAGAAAUCACAUAACACAAAGGAAGUGGAAAUGAAAUGAGGAAACAAAGCAAAAAGGCAGCAGCACCACAAUAAAUGCCCACCCGCUGUUUCAAAACUGAGUAUUAAAUGCAGCAGCUGGAGCAUUAUCUACCCAUUUUCUCUUUCUCUUUCCCUUCCACUCACCAAAUGGAUCCUCCUCUUUCCCCCAAAUGUCCACCCCUCCACCUUCUUCCCCUAACUAUCUCACCAACUUAGGCCUCGGCUAUUCCAUUGCCAUCGCCCUUGGGUUCCUCGUCCUCCUCUCCACUAUCCUCCUCGCUUCAUACAUCUGCUGCCGCACGUCCUCUUCCCCACGCGCCUUCUCUCCCAACCCCACCACAACUGCCGCCUCAAACUCGGAUGGAAUCAUCCUCCCCAGGAUUAUUUUUGUUGCCGAAGAUGAAGAUGUUGCCGAAGAUGAAGACAAUGAAAACGUCGUCGUUGGCCUUGACCAGGCCGUUAUAAAUUCUUACCCCAAGUUCCAGUUUAGUAAAGAGGCGGCUGCUACGGGUUCUAGUAAUGUGAACACGACAUGUUCGAUUUGUUUGUGCGAGUAUAGGGAUUUGGAGAUGUUAAGGAUGAUGCCUGACUGUAGGCAUUAUUUCCAUGUUUCUUGUAUUGAUGCUUGGUUGAAACUUAAUGGGUCGUGUCCCAUUUGUCGGAACUCGCCGCUUCCAACUCCAAUUUCUACGCCUUUGUCUGAAGUCGUGCCUUUGUCUCAGUAUGCUGCAGACCAAAGGAGGAGGAGGUGACUGUUGGGGGAUUCUUCUUCUCCUUUUUAAAAAAAAAAAAUUAAAUAUCUUAGUUUUGGUGGAUGAUGUCUUUAUCUCUGUCUAAGGUUGUUUUAAGGGGGAAUUUGUAUAUUUAUUUCUUUUUCUCUUUUGGCUUUUUUGGAGUUUUGGGAUUAGAUAGUGAACAGGGAAAUUGGAUAGUGGAGUUUCUUUUGCUCAAUGAACUGUGAUUUUGGUUGUUUUAGUGGAAAAAAAAGAGUACUAGGUGCUUGGUGCUGAGUACGAAUUGGGUGAGAAAAAAGUGAUUCAAUCAA